UUGUCGGGCGAAGUGGCCUGGGCCAUUCGGUGCCCGGCUCGGCGGAAAGUCACAAGCCGGGACGAUAGGUAGUUCCUCGGCUGGCUGGACGGACUGACGGUUAAAGGUAGAAGCGGCGCCCACGGAACCAGGGCGCCAACAUGGUGUCGUGUAUCAUCUCCCGAGUCGUUGUGCUGGUUUUUGGAAUGCUGUAUCCUGCAUAUUAUUCAUACAAAGCUGUGAAGACAAAAAACGUAAAGGAAUACGUGCGGUGGAUGAUGUACUGGAUUGUGUUUGCUCUUUAUAGUGUUACUGAAACAAUAACGGACCUCAUGAUAUCUUGGUUUCCAUUGUACUACGAGCUGAAGAUUGCAUUUGUUAUUUGGUUGCUCUCUCCAUAUACUAGAGGGGCAAGUUUAAUAUAUAGGAAGUUUCUUCAUCCUCUUCUUUCUUCAAGAGAAAGGGAGAUUGAUGAAUAUAUUGUGCAAGCCAAAGAACGUGGUUAUGAAACAAUGGUUAACUUUGGUAAACAAGGCUUAAAUUUAGCUGCUACUGCCGCAGUGACCGCAGCUGUAAAGGGUCAAGGGGCAAUAACUGAAAAGCUGCGGAGUUUCAGUAUGCAUGACUUAACAGCUAUACAAGGUGAUGAACCAGUGGGACAAAGACACUACCAAACAUUACCUGAUACAAAAAAGAGAAGCAGAAGCUCCACCACCAAUGAAACUUUAGGUUACAAUGUUCCAUUAAAAAAGGAUUCUGAAGAUGAUAAAACAGAUGAGGAGAGGGAAGGGACGUAUUCAGAGGAUGAGACGUUCACUCAGAGAGGUCUCCGGCGAACACAAAGUAUGAAAUCGGUAAAAACUAUCAAAGGCCGCAAAGAGGCAAGUACAUCUCUACGUAGUAAUAUAAAAUUCUGUGUUCAGAUGGUACAAAAAAAAAGGGCUGUAUGUCAUUUACAUAUUGGCAACACCUCACUCCAGAUCUCCUGAUGGACAGUAGUAAUGCACUCUCACUCCUGUUUGGUUAGGUUCAGAUAAGAAUUUAUGCUGUCUGCGCUUGAGCAGUUGAUCUUCCUGUUUAUCACAUGAAGGUCACUAGAGUACCAAGGCAACCUUCAUGCUCCACUAUGUUGGUGAGGGGACUUGGAAGCCAUUUGUUGAUGUCCCUUUGUGUCCUGCAGUUCAGAGCCCUUUUAGCCAGAAACCCUCCCAGACCAUUCUACCCCCAGUAGAGUGGGAUAGCUGCUCCAGGCCAUGUCUGUGGCAAUGGGCACAUGACAUAACACCUAAUAAGCGGAAUAUUUCCAGCUUGUUCUGCAGCAAGAACCAUAUCAAGAGAAAUGUGUGUUUUAUGCAGCUUUUUCAACGGUUGCUACUGACAUCUUUUUGUUUUGCUGAUCUUUUUGGUGAUUCUAAGGCUGCCUGGAAGAGAGACUUCUUUUUUCUUCUUUUUUAGUGUGUUACGCCUCUCGGGGGGAAUAUUUUGAAACAUAGCCUUUCUUUUUAAAAAAUAAGGUUUUAGUAAAGCUUUUUCAUAAUACAAAAGGCCUUUAAAUAUUAACUAUUGGCUCGUCAUGCUACCAUAGUUGGAUGAUCAAAUUGUUACAAUUCAAAAGGUGCACCUGGCAGUCUUCACCUAUGAACUUUUUCUGAGUGAUGCACUGGUUGCCUUUUAACAGUAGUUAAGCAGCCUUCCCCAGCAUGAUGCCCAUGGGAAUGGAGUCCCAACAAAAUCUGGAGGACACCAGCUUGAGGAAGGCUGGGUAAGCAAUGGGGAGCCCCCUGGUCAUUCUUUCUACUCCCUUCCCUCUCAGGACUGCAUUCCCCCUUCUCUUGUACCAUAGGCCAGGGUAAGUUGGAACUGACGAAACAUUUGGGUUCAACGCCUGCUUAAAGGAAUGAUGCUGAAAUCCCUCUGAGUUAUGCUGAAGCUGGGAGGGGGGGGAAAUGUUUUCCCUAGGAGGGAGGGAGAUUGCUGUUCCAGCAGUUGGCUCUGGAUCUCUUUAAUUGUUGUUUAAGUGACAUUCACACAGCAUUAAUCUGUUCCAGCCUUCAGAUAUAUUUGCUUUUAUCUGUUUCUUUUUCAUGUCCUACUUUGCCAGGUUUUUCUGUUCAGUGUUUUGUCAAAUCAUUCAAAAUCUAAGGGAACUAAAAAUGGGAAGGAGGUGCUAUAGCUCUUGAUGACUUUACUGUUUGCAUCGACCUUGUUGUGUGUUCUGUAGUAGUCAUUUGGGGGUAACCAACAUAGAACCAUCCAGAUGUUUUGGCCUACUAUCAGCUGGCAUGUUCAGAGAUGAUGGGAGUUGUAAUCAAACCACAUGUGAAGGACACCAUAUUGGCUACCCUUGAGCACAGACUGGCAGUUUUUUAAAGGCUGCUAAUGAUCUGAAGCUGUUUUUAUUGCACAUAAUUGGAUUAACACUUUCAUUCAUGUCCUUAUGCUGGAUUCUAUUCUUGACAGAAAAUAAAGAGCCAGUUUUACAAAUUUUGCACCAGAUUUUGCCCUGCGUAUCUAAAUCUUCCAUGCCAUUUUUUUCUUUCAGGUGCGGUAUGGCUCAUUAAAAUACAAAGUGAAGAGAAGACCACAAGUGUACUUCUAAACAAUCUUCACAAUUCAGCAUGUCAAACUGCUAUAUUAGUUGCUUCCUGCAGGCCCACAAUAGGGCCUGGUCCUGCAUAGGACUUCUCCAUUCUCUGAAGGGAAACACUUGGCACACAUGUGGAUUCCCAUUGCCAGUGUAGAGCAUUUCCUUGAUCAUUGAAGAGGAAGGGGAAAGCUCUGCAUGCACAGAGCUCUGCGUGCAUACCUGACUUAACUGGCCACUAUGUUUAGGGAUUAUCCAUAUCAAUAAUUCAGUCAUGGUGGUAAGAAUAUAUUGCUUUAAAGAGUGGAGUUAUGUUUAAUCUCAGUUUCUUAAAACUAAUUGCUAAUAUGUUUAGGUUAGCACAUUAUGCCUUUGUACUUCAUAAGUGUAAUAAUUUAACGGCUGACUCUUAGAGACUUUUAAUUGUGGCUUUUGUGGAUGAGCAUUAAGUGCUUGGUUAAUGCCAACACACUGAAAAUCUCAGCACUUCCAGAAUUUCAUUUUUAUACUUGGAAAGCUUAUACUUGAAUGCAUCAUUGUGCUAGAUUCCUUUAAAAUGCAAUGUAAGAGUAGUGAGUGUGAAAGAAAAAGUCAUUCACAAUUAAUCUUCUUAAUGGCUUGGAUCCAAAGAACAACUUGUGGCCAUUCAAGGGAGUUUCUGCUACCUUGUGGAAUUCACUUUCUUAAAGCAUGACAAACUGCUUUUGAUAAUUUCCUUACUGCUAUGUGACAUGGGGAGGCUGCUUUAUUCAAUCUGAAGUUGGUUUUAGUUGAAAUUCUGUACACUGCAUAGAUAUAUUUGUAUAUGAAUUUGCAGUACAGAACUAAAAUAACCACCACCCCAGAAGGCUCACAUAACUUGCUUCAUUGUUUGGAGGUCUGUAUAUUGCUUUACUGUAACCAGGGAUUUGAGGGUAGCCUGUGCAUACAGCCGAGUUGAUCACCCAGAAUGCUAUCUCUUUCCAGAGCAGCCCCUGUGCUAGUCUUUUGCAGCAAAAAUAACAGGCAUGAGCUUCCAUGAACUACAGUUCACAGAUACAUGAAGUAUUACCCUGAGUUACAGGUAGAUGUGCACUGUAGUCCAUAGAAGUUUGUGCCAUAAUAAAUGUGUUAGGCUUUAAGGUUCCACAAGUCCCUUUGUUAUCUGUAUCUGGACACUUGCAUGCUGUGAUCUGUAGUAUUGCAGUUCUAAUUGGUUUUUCCAAUGCAGUGUUGACCAAGGAGCAUAGAAAGCUGCAACACACAGUCAGACCAUUGGUCUAUCUAGUUCAGUAUAAUCUACACUGGCAGCACCUCCUCUGUGUUUCAGACAGGUAUUUCUCCAAGCAACACCUGGAGACCAUCAGGGAUUGAACUUGGCACUUUCUGCAUGCAACUCUUACCAAGUUUAUCUUUGUGUGGACUCUCGAGUUCACUGCUGCAUGUAAGAGCACACAGCUAAGUAAUAUGGGCCAGGGCCUUUUCUUUUUGGAAUGUAUAUAAAGGAAUAUAACUACAAGUUGAAGACCCAAAAGAUUUCAAACCUUUUUGUUGGUUACCAGCAAUCAUAUGGUGUACCGUGUUCUAGACAUGUCAAACUCAAGAAACAGGAAAAACUUGCACACUCUAAAGUUAGUAGUUCUGUUAUUUUAGAGUCCUGUGUUUCUAAUGUUUAAGAAUCAUCAUGCAUAUGCUUUUUAUUGUGCUUGUGUGUUUUUAUUCUUUUGUAAAACAUUGAAGGUUUUAUGUUGGGACACUGCAGAGAACUGAAGGCCAUUUCAGGAACACAAAGGGUGGUAUGCAACUAAGCAGUUGCAAAAAUUUUCAUUUCCAGUGUCAAAUUUGCCCUUUCCCUGAAUGUCUUCCCCAAAUCUGCUGCAGAGGGUUGUUGAGGUCUCAUGGGAGAAGAAAGAAGAGGGAAGGAAAGUUCAGCUACACAGCCAGAUACUGAAAUACUUUGUUGGAUACAAUCCAGAGCAACUGGAUAGUUGGGUUUACGUAUAUGUACAUAUCUUACUUAUGUAAAACAAGCAUAAUCUGUAGAGCUUGUGUUAACUUGAUACACUUCUGUGGUGUUCGUUAUGCCAUUCAAGAGUAGCACUUGAAAUGUUCUAAAUCCUGAUAUACUUAAUCACCACUUAAGUGCUGGCUCACAAAAUACUAUUCUUUUUGGCUCGAUUCCUGAGGAAUGUAUUGUCCUUUUUAGACAGGUGAAUCUUCCAACUCUAAUUAGAAUAGCCAGGAGUUUUAGUAUUGCUUCUGGAUGCAAGAACCAUGUCAGACCCUCCGCCAUUAAAUGUUAUUUAAGAAAUCACGAAAAGAGAUUCACAUUUUAAGCCUGAUCUUCACAGCUUUGAGUGCUGCACACUUUUUAACCGAACACUUGAAAAAAAAUUGCUGCUGUUAUAUAUGUUGGUACUAUAGUUUUAACUUGGUAAAGUGGUUCCAAAGGAAGCUAAGUUUCUUGCUGCAAAUACUGUAAAUUUUCUCAAAAUAUGUAUAUGCUUCACAAUUUUUAAUUCAUGCCAUGUAGGAGUAUCUCUUCUCCAGAGAAGAAUUUCCUAUUUAUUCUGAAUACUGACAGCUUGCCCCAAAUGAGGAACUAAAGAACUGUUUUCUCUUCAGCUUCAGAAACAGGAUUUUAAUAAGAAACAAUGCUUGCUUUUACAUUUUUGUACCCAACUUGCUAAGAUGCUGUUCACAAAAUUAGAAAAGUGAUUGAUUUUUUUAAAAGGUAAAUUAUAGCCACCUAUGUAGCUGCUAAUUGUUGAAUGGUAUCUUCUCUAGUUUGGCCCUCAGAGUAGCUACUAACGUGGUUACACUGAGUGUAGGGAGAAAGUAUAGUAGUCUUUCUGUUGUAUAAUCCCUCUGUUAACAAAAUUUAAAUCAGCAUUAGGUUUUUUGGAAGCCUACAUACUGGAGGACCGUAGUUCUAAAAUAAGCCAGCCUUGUUUUCAACUUGUAUCUUCCACUUUUGCUUUUAAAAUCACUUGUGGCUUGUUGUGUAGAAGCACACCAUACUGGGGUCAGACAAAAGAGUUUUGUAUCUUCCUACAACUGAUCCAACCAGAUAAUUUCAAAGGAAAUGUAUAGGAAGUAAUUUUGAAAUGAUGUGUUAUUGUAUUUCUGCUAUUUUUUAAAAUAUAUCCAUGCCUUUUGUCAAACAGACUUUGUAAGUAUUAAGGGCUGCUUUGUAUGUUCUAUCAUUGGUGUGUACUUGUAUCAUGAAUAUUCAAAAGUUACAUGUAGUGCUUGCAUGUGUAUGGUGCAGGUGUGAUUGUACUUGUAUGGUAUGGGUGUGAUACAAAGGGAGCUCUUGGUUGGCUGAAUCUUCCUGGUUCAAGUACAUCGAAAGACUAAAGGCUGCUUCGUGCACACCCAUGGAAGCUACAAGUGGCACAUUCCUUGGACACUCAGUGAGGUUGUCCUUCAGUGAAAUGAAUGAAAAGCAAUUCCUUUCUCCCAUUUUAAAAAUCCAUUUUUUAGCUUCUUUGAUUCAAAUAACUUUUUGGAUUCAAAGAAUGGCAAAAUAAUUGCUGCAAAUUAAAUAUAAUGGUUUUACAAUGUCAAAAACUAGGUAUUUUGUUGAAAUAUAAUAGGGCUUCCACUAGAUCAAUGUUGUAUGAAGUACUUACUAUGCAAAAGAAACAAACUAUUUUCAAGGACUGUUUCUACUUACCAGCUCUUACAAAUGCAAUUUCAACAUAUUGACUAUUUGCAGCUUUAAGACUGUAAGCUUUAACUUUCCCAUCUGUAACAGACUGUCAACUUGUUUACAUAUUUGCAGUACUGAGUUUUGUACUGAUACUUCUUUACCUAUGUAUAUGCUAUUUUUGAAGAUGCAAUGCCUCUUAAAAGAUUUUUUAAUAAAAAAACUUAAUAAAAUGAAUACUUUCAAUGUCUUUGUCCUGUCUCAUUCAAAUGCCAUGCAGCUUAAUAUCUGUAGGGAAAUAAAAACAUUAUAGGAAGUAAUGUCAUUCUUCCACAUCUCUCUUUAAACCUGCUCUGAUCUCGUGAAUGCUUGCAGGGGCAAGACUCCUUUAGCCUAGCUAAAGCCUUUGUCUCCUCUCCAGAAAAGAUGCCAAAAGUGAUCUGAUACCAAGCUGAACUACUUCACUUUCAAAUGCAGUUGAGGGGUGGGGGUGGGGGGUGAACUGGUUGAGCAAGAAAUAGCCUGAAACCUCUUUAGUUGUGCUGAAAUAGUUUCAUGAUUGUUUUAGAUCCUGAUCAUAAUCUCAGACAUCUGUCUAAAUGUGGUGGGGUCAUUUUUAGUAAUGGUGGCACAUGGUAGCAUUUUAUGGAAGAGUAAAAUGCACAAGCUACUAUUUAUUUUGAGCCAGAAUAUCCUCAGAAUAUCCUCUGAGUUGCAGUGAUCAUGUCUUGCCAAGCUUGAGAAAAUGUUCUCGUGUUCCUUUCAAAACUAAAAUAUAAGGAUAUGAUUUCAUUGUUCUUAUAAAAACAAUUUUUAUUUUUCUUCUGAUCAUAUUUUUCACUUCUAUAUUUUUUAUUUUUUACAAAAAAGCUUACGCCAGCACUGCUGAUAAUUUUGGGAAGGAGCUUUUGAUUGGAAACACUUGUGUGAGUGAGCUAUAUGUGACCUCCCAGCAUUUUUUCUCCACUGGGAUGGGAAACGUGCAAUUUUGCUGAAGACGAAAUGUCUUGGAAUCAACUACGUGGGUUGGCUGCUCACUCCACCCCCUGAAUUCUUCAUGUGCAAUGCUUUUAACUUUUGUAUUAGAUUGUCCGUGCAUCUUGUCAGAGACAAGUACAUCUUAGGAUUCUGUUGAUUUGUGUCUUGCCUUAUGGUAGAAAGAUGUUUGACAGUGGGGAUUUGUAAUGUUUUUGCUUUUUUCGCUUAAGAUGUUUAGGGCAGGCUAAUUUAUUAAAUAACAGAAUGAAUUUUUCGCUAAACUGCAAUUUUGGUGUCAAUGAACAGAGGGAAGUGGAUUAGUGGAACUGCUGAGCAGGCAGGAUCACUUGGAAAGAUGGAGAUACAGGCCACCAUUUUUAUAUUUCUGAACAACAUGGAUAUCUUUAUGCUGUCUUGUUGGAUGUGACCAAUUUUCUCAUGGGAAUGCUAUAGAGCAGGCAUCCCCAAACUGCGGCCCUCCAGAUGUUUUGGCCUACAACUCCCAUGAUCCCUAGCUAACAGGACCAGUGGUGGGAAUUGUAGUCCAAAACAUCUGGAGGGCCAAAGUUUGGGGAUACCUGCUAUAGAGCAAUAAGAGGGAUGGAAUACAUGAAAGGAAAAAUGGGUAGUUUAAGUGGCAUACAUUCAACUAGCUGUUGGGUGUUGCCCAGGAAGCAGAACCCAGUGCCCAAUGGCACUGUUAAGACUUGCAAUCAUGGUUCAUAAUUUUAAGUUGUACCAGUUUUGUACACUUGAAGAACUGCACAUGGAAAAUAUUGAUCUGCAAAGAGGGGGAGAGUGUUUGUUCCACUCCUUUUCCACUGUUCUGGUUUCUGAUACCCUGUACCAGGCAUCCCCAAACUUCGGCCCUCCAGGUGUUUUGGACUACAAUUCCCAUCUUCCCCGACCACUGGUCCUGUUAGCUAGGGAUCAUGGGAGUUGUAAGCCAAAAUAUCUGGAGGGCCGCAGUUUGGGGAUGCCUGCCCUGUACCAUACAUGCUGCCUGUCUCUAACAAUCUUCCUCACUGAAUAAACCACUGGGUAUGCUGCCUUAGAGAUUAGAAAGGUUUUCAUACAUUUUAUGAAAUACGAAGCUGAAUGCUGGAAGAAAGUACUUCUUCACAUAGCGCAUAGUCAAACUACGGAACUUGCUCCCCCAGGAGGCAGUGAUGGCCGCCAACUUGGAUGGCUUUAAAAGAUUAGACAAAUUCACAGAGGAGAGGGCUAUUGUUGGCUACUAGUUGUCUCCCUCCAUAGUUAGAGGCAGCAAUGCUUCCAGAUACCAGUUGCCAGAAACCAUGGAAGGGGAGAAUGCUCUUAUGCUCAUGUUCUGCUUACUGGUUUCCCACAGACAUCUGGUUGGCCACUACGAAAACAGGAUGCUGGGCUAGAUGGGCCAUUGGCCUGAUCCAGCUGGCUAAUCUUAGGUUCUUAUGAGACUUAGUAGGAUUGCAUUCGGCACCAAACUGUUUGCCCUGCCCCCACAAUAUACUGCAGGCUUAAAGAGAAGUCUCUUCUCUGUUUCUGGCUUCCCAGCUCUUAGAGAUGGCACAGUGCAGAAGCCCUUGAAUGGAUGCUUUUGUAAUUUGUAGUCUUGUAAUGUCAAAUUGCACAGGAUGAAUGGGUAUUGUGGCAAUACCGUAAUAGCAGUCACGCAGCAGCAGCAGCAAUCGGACCCCACAACAUACAGCUCCCCAAAGUCUCAAAUGUCAGCAGAUGCAGAAAACUUCUUUUGGAUUGUCUUAGGCAUU